AUGUCGUCGAUGAACACCAAACCCCCAGUCCCAUUCCCGAACUUCGCGCCUUCUUUGCAGCACCCUGAUAUGGCGCCACCUAUCGGUCGUCGCUGGGGAUCACUCACGCCGCUCGAUCCCGGGGAAGACAAGGCCAUAUACUUCAACAAAGGACGUUUCGAUCUCUACGUCCUCCAAAUCGGGGCCGUCAUAGAAUGGGAUGGGAAGCACACGCGUGACUCCCGGAUCACCAUCAGACGUUCCAUCGAAGCACUGCAUAUCCAGGUCGAAAAUAGGGCUCUCAGGAACGAAGAGAAAUAUCGGCUGAUGCCCGGAGAUCGGGUCAAGAUCGGGGAGAAGCUUUAUCGCUUCAACCUGCUUACGGACGAUAAGACAUACCGAAGCGGUUUCUGGCGGUUCUAUUCCCGAAAUCAUGCAUCAUAUGGAGAGUGGACCGAGGAGCCUAGAGACGUCACGGUGCUAAAAUUCCCCUCUCCUUACUUCGGUGGCCUCUCGACGAACUGGGCACAUGCGGCUUGCGAGGUGACUCGUUCGAAGGAUCUGAAUCACCCGAACAUAGUCGAAGUGCGUGAAAUCUUCAAAAGCACCACAGAAAACGAUUACCACGAUUAUGCUAUCUGUAACGAAGAAUACCGAGCGUUGUCUCUCGAUGCAAUAGGGAACAUCACGCUCAGCACAUUGCAGAGCUACGCCCGCCAAAUAUGCGAAGCCCUGGCAUACAUGCACGGCAAAGGCUUGGUCCAUCUGGACGUCACCUUCGAGACCAUCUACCUGGAUAAGAACGGAAACAUCAAGCUCCUUGACAUAGGCUUCACUCGCGACUUGAUCGCACGGGCAAAAAAUGCCCCAUGCACGAUUGAACUCGAACCCUUUCACCGGAAAUCGCCCAUCUCUUGGGCCCCCGAGCUUGCAACCCUCGGUCCCAUCGACGAGACCGCCGAUAGUUACGCGCUUGGGACACUCCUAUAUCUCCUCCACUGCGGUGAAGAUGUCAACACGAUACCGAAUAAGAACGGCUUAACGUGGGUGCAGCAAUUACGGGCUCGCAAGAGCGCGUAUGAUCGCGUCAAGGACUGGCAGUUCAGCGAUACUUUUGCAGAUUUUCUCCGUAAGCUACUCGUCAAGGACCGGACAAAGCGUAUCACGGCCGCUCAAGCACUCGAACACCCAUGGAUGCGGGAAGAAAUCAAGGAGAGCGAGAACGACAUGAGCCACGAUGAAGAGGAGGCGAGUGUCGUCAGCGAGGAAAGCGGCGAUGACGGCGAAGGGAAUUCGAGCGUUGCAGAUGAGGAGGAGAAUGCGGACGAUAUCACCGUCGACAGUGAGAACGAAAAUGAGACGAGCGUCGAUGGCGAGGGAACCGGUGAUGAACUCGAUGCAGACGACGAACACAGCACCGCAACGGAAAGUAGCGAGAACGAGGACGAGGAGCUGGAAACCGAAACCGACACCGAAUACGAAUACGAUAUAGAUAUGGUCACCGAUGAGGAGGACGAGGACGAUUCAGAGUUCGACGACGAAACUGCACACGAUAGCGACGUCGAGACCAUAUACCCUGCCGACGACGAAACUCCGCACCAGUCCGAUAAUGAGAGCGUUCACGUCGGCGAGGACGCUACCAGUGCCAACGCACGUCCUUCGAAGAGGAAACCAUCCGCACAGAAUUCAUCUACGGACGUCCUCAACGAAUCGCCCACGAAGCGAGCGAAGCUGUCGGAAGGUGCCGUCGUAGCGAAGACGGUGGAGCGCAUGGCUAGCCUGCAUCUGGACGACAAGCUCGCCGCUUUCAAGAACGCCGCAAAGAAGUUCAACCCUUCCUCCGGGCGCGCGAACACCCUCAGGGUGAAGCCCGUGCGCCGGCUCUCGACGUGGGCUGCCUUGAAGCUUGACGAAUAG